AAUAAUUAAAACUCCAUAUUAGUCUGUACUGUUCGGUCUGCAAUUGUUAUCAUCAUCAUCAUCGUCGUCUUCACCAGACUCCACCUUCAACCCCCUCCUCGUACGAACUGUCUCUGUAUUCUUUUCAAUACUCUUCUCUCUUUUUCUCUUUGAUCUUCGACGCUCAAAGACUGUUCGAUCAAAAUAUUCAGAGCAAAAUUGAACUGAAUAAUCCAAAAUUCAAGAGUGUAUUCCUGAAAUGAUUCUCCAAACCCAAUCUCUCACAACCCACUCCGCUCUCUCACUUCUUUGCUCCAUACCCAUUUCCAAAUCCCAUUUCAAUGUCUCAAAAACAAACCCAUUUCGCAAAAUUCGAUUCAGGACUCUCAAAUGCUCGAUUUCGACGGUUUCUGAGCGGACCCAUUUGGAAUUGAAGACCAGUAAGCCGUUUCCGGCCGAGGUUUCAAGAACAAUUAUGGAGUUGGGUUCUGUAGGGACACUUUCGACGAUGACCCAAGAGGGUUGGCCUUUGGGUAUUGGCGUUCGCUUUGCCGUUGACUCUGAAGGAACACCUGUUCUCUGUUUGAAUGACUCUAAUAGCCAAUUCUCCAUUGAUAGCAAGUCCAGCCUCCAUGUUCAGUUGGAACAAUGCGGAUUGCGUACUCCUCAGUGCACCAUAUUAGGUAGCAUCGACAAACCAGAAGAUGAGAAGGCUAUGAAGAAAUUUAACUCAAUUUGGAAGAAGAGGUAUGGUGAAGAAGUUGAUGAAAGUCUCCUAUUCGUUGUCUCCGUAGAACGGGUACUUCAGAUGGAAGACUUCAAAGAGGUUGGCAAGUGGGUCAGUUCUUCUGACUAUAGAAGUGCACGGCCUGAUCCUCUUCGAGACUUUGCUGAAAACCUAGUGAAUGAGAUUAACACGAAUCACGCAGAAGAUGUAACUCGCUUUUGCAACGUCUAUGCUGAUUUGAACUUUCAGGUUACUGAAGCAAAGCUUAUAUGGAUUGACCGGUUAGGCUUUGACAUGCGUCUUUGGUCUCCUGUGAAAGGAAUAUUUGAGGUUCGCGUCCCAUUUCCCGCAGAAGUGAUUGAUGAGAAGGGUGCAAAAUCGACAUUCAAUUGCAUGUCUCAACUAGCUUGGGAGGUGGAAAAGUGUUUCAGUGUCCCAGAUUUUGAAAAGGUGAAAGAAGUGAAGCAGAUAUGUUAGAAGGUAGAGUUAACCUUUUCAUGUGUGAAUCUUUGAUUGUAUUUCCUCACCUUAUGUUAUCUUAGUUGUGUAAUAGGCAGGUUGAUUAGAGCUGUAAAUCAAGUUUGAGGCUUCAAUCUUAUCCAAUUUACCAAGGUUUCAUGCAACUCUAUGCUCAAAUUUUGGAACAUGCUUUUCUUUGUUUUCUAUUUACCAUUAAUAAGAAAAGAAAAAAAUUUAUGGCUUCUGCUCAAUUAUAUCA